CCAAAAUGGCGGACGCGAUAAGAACUCGUUGUUUACAAGAUAACCACAAAUAACGCCGUUUUCCCGACGUUAAAGCCAAACUAUCCCCUCAAGACAAGAUGCAAGGGUUAAGAUGUGUGACAUUGUUGUCAGACAGCUGACUUGUGGUGAAGAUGGCCUUCCUUGACGAUCCUGACUUUCUCAUUUCACAUAUAAGGAAUUCCUGUGUAACGAGUGAUGAUACUGGUAUGUGUGAAAUGGUGAUUGUCAAUGAGGAAGCUGAAAAUAACAAAGUCAAACAGAGGCGUAAAAUUGUGGGUUUUCCUCAUACGCCAGACACGGUAUCAAGUGUUGCAUCUAGUGUUGCCCAGUCCUUUGAUAUUGCUGUCAGCCCUGAGCCUACCAAGGAACAUGCCCCACAAAGAAGCUAAGGAUAUUUCUUACGAUGCUUAGUGAGGAUGAAGCAGCCAUUCCGAUUUUUGUUACUGUACUGGGAACGGCUCAUGUCCAAGAUCUCAUUGGGCUCAUUAUGUAUAAAUACACGGCCGAUGACCUUGGCCCAGCACUUAAGGGUACAACAGAUCAAUAUUGUCUGCGUAUCGCAGAAGAUGAUGGUGAAGUUGAUAUGGAUUUUCCAGCUUUGGAUAAAGAUGAACUUAUCACCAAGUUUGGUUUCACGUGUCUAGCUUUGGUGGAGAAUGAACCAAAACCAGUUACCAAACAGGCCGUCGCUCAGACUGCCACAAGCAACUCAGUCAUCCUAAAAGUCAAUGACCCUCGCCACGGGUUUUCUCAUGUUAAGCUGGACAGCCGAAGGGCCAAAAUGAAGGUCGUUUAUGACAAGAUGCUGAAGAAGAGAGGGCUUCGAAGAACCGGACAUGAAUACGUUCUGGAGAAACAGUCAGAACCAGGCGUCCCCAUCGACCUCGAAGCCCCACUCGAUAGCAUGGGAACUACUGAGUUUGUUCUAACAAGAGGAGGCCGUAAGCAAAGUUCUAAUGAAAAGGAUUCAGGCGAAGUGAAAUUCGAUUUUACAAGCUUCCAAUAUAAGUCGUACAGACUGCAGAUGCUUCACAAGCUAAGAACAGUGACAGAGAUUCAGCUGGGCGUUUCACUGGAAGGAAUCGAAAUCGAUCCUGUUAGUACUCCGAGGACAUCGAAACUGUGGCCAGUCAAGCAAAAACCGGUGUCUUAUGAUAUGGAAAACAUUGCUGAUUGUGAAGUGACAGACUGGAAGAAUGGAGGCAGAACAGCCUUCCGUAUAUGGUAUUACAGUAAUAAUUCACACGAAUUUAAGCACCAUGACUUCGAAGCAGACAAUAUCAUAGCAGAUGAAAUAGUAAUGAAACUCAAACACAUUUUCAAGUCUACAGUGAGUGAAAAGCGAAGAAACUUCCUUUCAGCAAAAGAAAAGAAAGGCGUUAGACGAAAAAACAAUAGAUAGCAGUAGGUGUAACGGUAUAGUAAACUAGAAUCUUAGAACAGAUUCCGUAUGAGUAAGAUACACGGUGUACUAUCAAUAUGCGUUCACAGUCAAAGUGAUUGGUUUGUGUCCGAUUUCUCGCUUUUUGAUUGGUUGAGGGCGAACACAAUUUUUCAGUCAUCUACCAUUUGCAUUCACGCAUGCGUUGGUUAAUUGCGUCGAUGUACAAGUACACGCGUUUUGAUUGGUCGAAAGGGGAAACCAGUCACGCAAGAAACAGUCACGCUAACCGUUUACAAUCACGCAUGGGCAUUUUCUCGCUUGCUGUUCCUUUUACACGUGAUAAGUUUGUGUGUUUUACAUCUUGAUAUUUGAUUGGUCAAUAGCACAAACCAUUUAACAGCCACGGUAUCUAAUCUAUUUCAAAAAGCGAUUCCUUUCAAGAGAAUUCCACGUUUUACUUUCUUAUUUGAUUGGUUGAGAACGAAAGCCAUUGAUAGUCGUGGCUGCAUAUUUCUUGCUCAUACGAAGUCAAUUCUAGUUGAUGUAGAGGACAAAGAGCUUAAGAUAUAAGCUUCUUUGCAGUCCCAUCCGUAUACAUCCCAUUUAUUUUUGUACAAAAUGAGAAACCUUUUUUGAUGUACUACACUACACCAACUAAGGCCACCCAGACAAAUUUUCAUACAAAUUAACCAAUCACGAUUGAGUAUUAAAACAAUAGAAUCUGCACAAAUGCUCAUAUAUUUCGACUUAAAUAGAGGAUAUUACAUGGGCGCGCGGAGAUACGAAAUUUAUCUUCGAGUGUUGAAAAGAUAUCUUGCGAGUGAGCGCAGAGAUUUUCAACACGAGAAG